GAAGUGGGCGUGGCUCCUGGAAAGGCCAAGUUUGGACUGGCAGCGAGCCGGAAGUAGGUUGGAGGUGUGGCGGAAGUGGUUGGGAAGUGAGGAGCCUGGAGGGGGCGGUUCCCGUUCCACUGCGGAGCCGGAUGUUUGCAGAGCUUUGACAGGCGUGGCAGCGAGAGCAGCGCCCGAGCUCGGUUUGUCUCAGGUUCUGCUGUGGACUCAGCCAUGGACCCACUCUCCGAGCUGCAGGAUGACCUGACCCUCGACGACCCCAGCCUGAACCAGCUCAAGCUGGCCUCCAUCGAUGAGAAGAACUGGCCCUCGGAUGACAUGCCUGACUUCCCCAAGUCAGAUGACUCCAAAAGCAGCUCUCCAGAGCCUGUCACACACCUGAAGUGGGACGACCCUUACUACGACAUCGCCCGGCACCAGAUCGUGGAGGUGGCAGGAGAUGACAAGUACGGGAGGAAGAUCAUUGUGUUCAGUGCCUGCCGGAUGCCGCCCAGCCACCAGCUGGACCACAGCAAGCUCCUGGGGUACCUGAAGCACACGCUGGACCAGUACGUGGAGAGCGACUACACGCUGCUCUACCUGCACCAUGGCCUGACCAGCGAAAACAAGCCCUCGCUCAGCUGGCUGCGCGAUGCCUACCGAGAGUUCGACCGCAAGUACAAGAAGAACAUCAAGGCCCUGUACAUUGUGCACCCCACUGUAUUCGUCAAAACCCUGCUCAUCCUUUUCAGGCCCCUCAUUAGCUUGAAGUUUGGGCGGAAGAUCCUCUAUGCGAACUACCUGAGCGAGCUCAGUGAGCACCUGAAGCUGGAGCAGUUGGGGAUCCCCCGCCAAGUGCUCAAGUACGAUGACUUCCUCAAGUCCACUCAGAAGAGCCCCGCGACAACCCCCAAGCCCAUGCCUCCUUGGCCGCCUCUGCCCAACCAGCAGUUCGGGGUGUCGUUGCAGCACCUGCAGGAGAAGAGCCUGGGGCAGGAGCCCAUCCCCGUCGUGCUCAGGGACACCGUCGCAUACCUGCAGGCCCAUGCUCUCACCACCGAAGGCAUCUUCCGGAGGUCAGCCAAUACCCAGGUGGUCCGUGAGGUGCAGCACAAGUACAACAUGGGCCUGGCCGUGGACUUCAACCAGUACAAUGAGCUGCACCUGCCUGCCGUCAUCCUGAAGACCUUCCUGCGAGAGCUGCCUGAGCCCCUGCUCACCUUUGACCUGUACCCCCACGUGGUGGGCUUCCUCAACAUCGAUGAGAGCCAGAGGGUGGAGGCGACGAAGCAAGUGCUCCAGACGCUACCCGAGGAGAACUACCAGGUCCUUCGCUUCCUGACUGCCUUCCUGGUGCAGGUUUCUGCCCACUGCGACCAGAACAAGAUGAGCAACACAAACCUGGCUGUGGUUUUCGGCCCUAACCUGCUGUGGGCCAAGGAUGCCGCCAUCACCCUUAAGGCCAUUAACCCCAUUAACACCUUCACCAAGUUCCUCCUGGAUCAUCAAGGGGAGCUCUUCCCCAGCCCCGACCCCAGGGGGCUCUGAGCCCAGCCCUGCCCUCCGGCCCUUCUGUUAUCCCGUCCUACUCUUCCUCCUGGCUUCUGCCUCAGGGGAGGCAGGGCACCUGCCCAGGAUGGGCUGCAAAGCCUCCAGGGUCGGAAUCUGUCGGAACCACCACUCCCCCGCUCUGCCCAGCCCUCCUGUCCCUAGGACAUUUGUCUUCGCCUUACACUUCUCACUGCCUCUCUGGAUGGGCAGCUCCUGCAGGGCUUGGCUGGUCCAGCUGGAGAAGGACUGAACCUCAGUAACCCCUUUUCUGCUUUUUCUGCCUCUGUUUCCCCGGCAGUGGGAUGACCAGAUCCCUGCUGGCUGGGCUGGGCCUACGGCUGGUACCGGGAUGGUCUUACCUUUCCAAAGGCUGGGGAGUGAACAGCCAAACUCCGAGGCGUGGCCUGGCCAUGCCCCCAGCGCUUCCCUGUCUGGGUCCGAUUGCUCUGCCUUUAGAAGUCCCACGAUAUCAUGGCAUAGAUGCAGCCCCUGUGCCUCUCCUCUCGCUCACGGCUCAGCCCUGGGUCCCUUGCAGCUGAGGAAUGCCAGGCUGGAGCUUUCUGCUUUCCGGGCCUGCUUUUCCCAAGUGGCCCUGUUCCCAGGGUCCUAACCCCCUGGUUCUGUCAGGACUGGCAUCCUGGAUGCAGGACCCAGGGUCCCCAUGUCCACUGGAAAUGGCCACACUCCCUCUCUCCAUGGUGGCUCCUCCUCCAGCCAGGGGACUCUGGGCUGGUGCUGAGGCUCUCCGGUACCCACUAGAGGGGCAGAGAUUUUGCUAAUAGACCAAACCCGGCAGGGGGUCCUAGCAUUGUCCCCGAGGGUGUCUGGUGCCUACCAUUGUUGUCAGAAAGCCUGGGCUCCGAUGAUGGUUGACAUUCCUCAUUUCUCCCUGGCUGGUAACCUCUCCCUGCAGUCUUGUGCCCUGGGAGCAGGGAAGUACCACAGUGAUCCUGUGACCACGGCGAGGGCCAGGCAGGACACCUGCACAGCCUGUACUGUGGGGAUCCUCCUGGACUGACUGGUGGCCUGGCUUCCUGUCCAUCCUGUCUCGGGGCUGGCCUGGGCCUCUGGGCUCCCUGCCACCUUUGUAUAUCGAGUGUUGCUCACAGCCCCAUUUCCUGGGGAGCCUUCAGGAUCUCUUCUGUCCCCUGCCCCACUAGAGUGUACCCAGGGACAGUGGUCCUGUGAAUCGAGUGUUCACAUCCACACCUAAUGAGUUCCUUGGCACCAAUCCUGUAUUUCACCAUUUGCACUUUUUAUAUUUCAAUAAAAAUGGAGAUGGAAAACUG